UUUAAGUUUCAGAACCCCCAGUUCAAACGCUGUAUGAUGUCCCUGGCACUUUUCACAAUUUGUCUUAUAUCCCAGAUGCAUGGAAGUGAGGCUGUUGGUGGGCAAUGCAAAACUUCAGAGAGAUCAGCACCUGGUAAAGCUCUCAAGGGUCACACCUUCAAAGAGUUUGCAGUGACGGGAAUUGUUGAUUGCCAAAACACCUGUGAAAGAGACCCCAGGUGUGCGAGUUACAAUUUUUACAUUCCGGGCAAAGUGUGCGAGCUUAACAGCCAUACCAAGGAGGAGAAACCUGAUCAUUUUGUGACGGAUGAACUGAGAUUCUACAUGAAACGUGAAGGUAUGAAAUAUAUAAAACUUUGUACACCAAACACAGUCUCAAUUGAUUUCCUGGAUUAGUUUGUCCCGCUAGCAGGGCUAAACUUCGGUGCAACAACGGGCCGAGUUUUCACGAGGUUUAGCGAGAUACGUAGUUCCAAAACGAAACGAGUCAGAUCAAACAUGAGUGAUAUACAUGCUGCCAAAAGCAUAUCGAAAAAAAGUCGUCCUUGUAUUCUGCAGAUGCAUGGCGUACUUGAUUAAGAAAUAGCUCACAUUUUCCUUAUGCUGUCUGUUUUAUACCAUUAGAUGAUGAUGAGUGCUUGAAGACGCCACCAGUUUGUGACGUCAACGCAAUCUGCAAGAACACGCUUGGCUCCUACCUUUGUUCUUGUAAAGAGGGUUUUACGGGUGACGGUAACACCUGUCAAGGUAAAAUGAUCAGCAAAACAUUGAUUGAACGAAGACGUUAGUGAUAAGUAUUACAUUUUUAUUACUUGAAAUGGUUUGUUGAGUUUGCAAGAACAGCGGUACCACCUUAUUGUUCUCUGUUUUGGUGUCUUCAACAAAUGGACCAUAAUUGGGGCCAGUGGGAUUUCGUUUACCGCGGGAUACACACUUCACAAAAUGGGCGGACAAUCGUCAAAAGAAAUAAAACAUUAAUUCCAGAAAAAAAAUGAAUAUCAUAAUCUCUUUCCCAACGUUAUUUUAGACAUUGACGAAUGUGCAGCUGGGACUCAUAAUUGUAGUGAAAAGGCAGAGUGCAACAACUUCAGAGGAAGCUUUAACUGUACAUGUAAGACAGGUUUAACUGGAGAUGGUCAAAACUGCUCAAGUGAUCAUUGAUUCAUAUCUUACCGUCCAUGUUUAUUUGUUCUAUGCCUCUUUCCUUAAGAUUGAAGACAGGUUUAGUAAACCUGUCUUCAAUCGCCCUUAAUAGCUGAUGAUGAUAAUAAUAAUAUUAAUAAAAAUAAUAAUAAUAGUAAUAAUAAUAAUAACAAUAAUAAUAAUAAUAAUAAUAAUAAUAAUAAUAAAUCAUAAUAAUGGCGAUCUUUAUGAUAAGCCUAGUGCAAUAAUAAUGACGAUUUUGAUGAUGAUGAUGACGACGACGAUGAUGAUGAUAAUGUUAAUGCUAGUUGACAAAUGAACAGGAAAAACUACGUUACUUGAACAAAAACGUUAGUGAAAAGUAUGAGCUUUUUACUGCCAUUAUUUCAAUGGGUUGGCUGAGUUUGCAGGAAUAGUAGUAUCACCUUUUUUUCUGUCGUUUUGUCUUCAACAAAUUGAUCAUAAUUGGAGCUAGUGGGACUUCGCUUGUCGCCGGCUACACACUUCAUAAAACAGGCGGACAAUCGUCAAAAGAAAUAAAACAUUUACAGUAGUAAUUCCAGUAAAAAUUGACAUCAUAAUCUCUUUCCCAACGUUAUUUCAGACAUUGACGAAUGUGCAGCUGGGACUCAUAAUUGCAGUAGCAAAGCGGAGUGCAAUAACACCAAAGGAAGCUACAACUGUACAUGUAAGACAGGUUUCACUGGAGAUGGUCAAAACUGCUCAGGUGAUCAUUGAUUCAUAUCUUACCGUCGAUGUUUAUUUGUUCUAUGCCUCUUUCCUUAAGAUUGAAGACAGGUUUAGUAAACCUGUCUUCAAUCGCCCUUAAUAGCUGAUGAUGAUAAUAAUAAUAUUAAUAAAAAUAAUAAUAAUAGUAAUAAUGAUAAUAACAAUAAUAAUAAUAAUAAUAAUAAUAAAUCAUAAUAAUGACGAUCUUUAUGAUAAGCCGAGUGCAAUAAUAAUGACGAUUUUGAUGAUGAUGAUGACGACGACGAUGAUUAUGAUAAUGUUAAUGAUAGUUGACAAAUGAACAGGAAAAACUACGUUACUUGAACAAAAACGUUAGUGAAAAGUAUGAGCUUUUUACUGCCAUUAUUUCAAUGGGUUGGCUGAGUUUGCAGGAAUAGUAGUAUCACCUUUUUCUCUGUCGUUUUGUCUUCAACAAAUUGAUCAUAAUUGGAGCUAGUGGGACUUCGCUUGUCGCCGGCUACACACUUCAUAAAACAGGCGGACAAUCGUCAAAAGAAAUAAAACAUUUACAGUAGUAAUUCCAGUAAAAAUUGACAUCAUAAUCUCUUUCCCAACGUUAUUUCAGACAUUGACGAAUGUGCAGCUGGGACUCAUAAUUGCAGUAGCA